CAGGGGCGGAGCAAGCGGGGAUGGGGGUGGUUUGCCCCAGGCACCGCCCUGGAGGGGAUGUCACUCGGGGCCACGCCCCCGCCCCUCGCCCCUGCACGACAGCCUCAGGGGGGGAAAACUGCAGGCGCGCGGGGGAACGCGAUCCCCCUCUACCUAGGACGCAUGUGCAGUGGGAUGCUGUGGAUGCGUACAACGUAGAGGGGAUCGCACCCCCGACUUCUAAAUGGAGCCUAAACCGAGUGUCCAGGCUCAGGCGCCGAUCGCAGGGUGGGGGCGCAGCCCCGAGUGCCACUCCUCCUCCAGCACCACGCCAGUGGGCUAUCUACCUGGAGCCUGGACGCUCCGUUUUGAAUUCGCAGCAACGAAUGCGUCGUUACGUAGCAACGCCCCCCCCCCGGGGGCAUGGCAAUUUGGCGCCCCGGGUGUCGCAGCACCUCGCUACGCCCGCUUUUCAGUUCAGGAGCCUUUUGGACACUGAGGACGACCUCUCUAAUAUCCAGUGGGGAUCAGUGCCUAUAGAAGUACAGGACUGGCUGACUGUUACCUUUGCAAGGAAAAAAGAGGCGUACAGUAUCAAACCUGAGGAUCAGCCAAGCAUUCGAACUAUUUCAUAUGCAGUCCAGGCUAGUGUUUUGGUAAAAAGGAUGUUCCGUACACCCACCAGUGCAAGUGGUUUGGCUUAUCCAGAGAAAGUAAUUGCAGUUUUUAAGGACAUUGAUAAAUGGGAUUUUGAUGUAUUUGCCUUAAAUGAAGCUUCUGAAGGGCACUGCUUGAAAUUCCUGAUGUGUGAUCUGUUCAACAAGUAUAAUCUUCUGAGCCAAUUCAAGAUCCCAAUUACCUGCCUGAUUUCAUUUGCAAAUGCUCUGGAAGUUGGCUACAGAAAGCACCAAAAUCCAUAUCACAAUGUGAUCCAUGCUACAGACGUUACACAAACUGUGCAUUGCAUAAUGCUUCACACUGGUAUGAUGCAUUGGUUCACUGACCUGGAGAUAUUAGCAAUUCUUUUCAGCACGUCAAUCCAUGAUUAUGAACAUACUGGAACCACAAACCAUUUCCAUGUUAGGACAAGGUCAGAAAUGGCACUUUUGUACAAUGAUAAAUCUGUUCUUGAAAACCAUCAUGUGAGUGCUGCUUACCAGCUCAUGCAAAAUGAAGAUAUGAACAUCUUGAUCAAUUUAACCAACGAGGAAUGGAGGGAACUGCGCCGGCUGGUCAUUGAGAUGGUUUUAGCUACAGACAUGUCACAUCAUUUCCAGCAAAUGAAAUAUCUGAAACACGUUCUGAAAUGCCUUCAGCAUGUAAAAAGGACAGAUAGAGAUAAGCUCAUGUCCAUGAUUGUCCAUGCAGCUGACAUAAGUCAUCCCUCAAAGCCCUGGAAGGUGCAUCAGCAAAUGGCAAAUGCACUAAUGGAUGAAUUCUUCAAGCAGGGAGACAAGGAGGCUGAAUUAGGACUGCCAAUUUCUCCACUCUGUGAUCGUGGGACUACCAACAUUGCUGAAACUCAAAUAGGCUUUAUUGAUGUCAUAGUGAAACCAGUUUUUUCUCUUGUAAUUGAAGCAGCUGAGAAAAUUGUUGAGCCUCUCAUAUAUGAAGCUUUUGAAACUGGAUGUUCCUCUAGCAGAGAUUCUGGGUAUUCUUCUGGGUCAGGGUCAAUUGAAGAUGAAGAUAAACCAAACCUUAGUGGGAACAGUUUUGAAGAGGAAGAAAGCUUUAGUCGGAGAAGUGUAAAAACUGAAAGUGGGACUUGCACAGAGAGAAAUCUCUUAAUUUCAUUGGAUAUAGCAAGCUUUGAAGAACACUUGGUGCAGAAUAUUGAAGCAAACAGAAAAAAGUGGAAGGAGAGCCAGAGGCCCAAGAGCAAAGAAUCACCAAAGAAAGAAAGUAACAAGGCCAAAGACAAAGUAAGUAAAGAUAAAAAAGAGGGGGGGAAACCCCAGAAAACAUCAACGCCCAAACACCAUCCUUCAAAGUCCAAUAAACUUUGUAUUGCACCACAAAGUCCUACCAUUUCCGAUGGUGAGCUUUGCCACAACAGAGCAUUUGAACCAAUGGAUGUCAGCUUCAUCGUUUACAAUGCAGGUGCAUCAGAACUGUUUCAGCCACAGCCAGAUGAUGAGGUCAUGGAUGUCACAGAAUCAUAUGAGGAAUUGGUGGAUAAUAAAAGUUCCUGGAGGAAAGCUGCUGCUCAGGAUACAGAUAAAAACAUACACGAGAUGAGAGGCAUGGUUCCAAAAACAAAACCUCUGCGUCCUAAUGAAAGUGAUGAUGUCAUCAUUGAGGAAUUCAUACCAGACGAUCCUGAGCCUCCAAAAGAAAGUGAACACACUGCCGUCCCUGAUCACAAUGGGGCCCAGCCAUCACCUCCUCCUGGCUUUAUGUCAGAGCUAACCCAAAGUGAUGUCAAUUUCUUUUCCCUGUGGAACGAAGAAAUUAUGAGACGUGCUGCUGAGCAGCAGAAACAAGAGCAAAGCAGAAUGGCUGCUGGUGCUGCGUCACAGGUGGCAAUAUCAGAAAAACAAAAUGAGGGUUGUCAAGCAAACCCAGAUGAUCAAAACUUUGUUCUACAAGUAAUCUCUAUUGACACCCCUAUUGUAACAAACAGGACAGAAUCAGGACAACAUUGUGACCCAUCCCAGAAGGAAGUUGCCAAUACUUCUGCCCUAAAGAAAGAUAUUACCACGCCAUCAAAUGCAUGCCAACAAAAUGAAACAACCCCAUGUGGAGCUGCAGCUGUAUCUGUCACAUCCUUGAGCUAUGGGGUAUUUAAAAUUCCCCAGUAGAUUAUUGAUCUAACUGGUAGGCUAAGAUUGCACUGUCUUUAAGCUUAACAGGAACCCAAACCUGAUCAAAUACAAGGCACCUGACUCAGACAUAGAACUUCUGGCUGUUGAAUGUUCAAAAUUUAAGGGGGAAAUGCUUAUUGUGAGAUCAGUUGACAGAAUUCUGAAACACGCAUUGGUCGCUACAGAAUAGGUAGAGGUAAUUCUUAAUAAACCUCCUUAUUGGUGGAAAUGAAACCCACCUCUUCCCCUUCCCCUGAAGAUUUUGAGUCUGUGGGACUUUUCAGGAGGCUGAAAAAGAAGUGCAAGAGAAAAUAUACAAGUCGAAGAAAGGCAUGUCUAUGGGAUGGAAUUAGUAGCAGUAUUGUGUGCUAAGAAACGGAUGUUAAAUAUUUAUCUUGAUAACAUUUUUAGUCAGACUACAGAGUUUGUGUUUGGGAGAAUGGUGAAGGGGCAGAGAAGGGGUAUAAAGAUUGCAUAUAUGGUCUUGAAGGGGGGGGCAACCUUUUCAGGAGCAGUUUGAGACUUUAUAGCCAUCAUGUACACUAUGGACCUACCUCAGGAUCUGGCAAAAUGCACGUGGCAGGGCACACUCUCAAUCCGGUGUUUUGUUAGGGAAUGUGAUAUGUUGGGGGAGCCCUUACUUGCUCCUUUGUGACAGAUCAUUAUGUGGUCAUUUCCAGUGCUGAUGAGAAACAUGGAAGAACACUCCCAGAUCAAUUGACUUACAGCUUUUCUAAUUUCCUGUGACUCUCAAAUGGUGGCUGUUUCUGUUCCUCCUACACAGCAAAGAAACAAAACACAGGACUUCCGGUCUACCGCUGAUCGGCGAGGAAUCCUCAAGCUCUGAGGUUCCUGGCACUGUGAGGGAGGGGGGAGCCGCGAGAGCGCCGUGGACCCCCAAUAAAAAAAACCAGAUUGAGCUUUCUGGGGACGUGAGAGCUCGGCUGCGCCCAAAAGUGACUCCUCUGCCCCCCGGUAAGCUCUUUUAAGAGCCCUGUGAGCGAGUGGAGUGCAGAGUCGCGGGCGCCAUUUUCGAGCAAGUCGCUACCCUCACAGAGCGAAGCUCUGAGCCAGCAGCGGAGGAGCGGUGGAUUUUCCCUAAAACAAAGGAUUUGAAGAUAUUGGACACCGUGGGCAAGGGAAAGAAAUUUUAAAAAGUUUUUAAUUGAAAGGAAUUGGCCACGGGAGGAGAUUAAAAAAGGAAGUCGGUCUCCCCCAUUGAGAGAACGGUGAUGCAGUUAAUUUGCCUGCAGCCAGAAAGCUUGACAGGAAUUUAUUAAUUUCCAAGGAUUGGAUUUAAACCUUCCCCCUGAGGCAGGGUAAAGGGCAGAAGGAUUGAAUACAUUAAAAUCCCUGUAAAUUUUUUAAGUUGGACUGGGGAAGUCCCCCGGGAACUGGAGUUGGGUCCCUGGAGGGACCAGCCAGCUGCCAUUAUGACAUCACAAUUAGGAAGGAAUUUUGUUUGCCUCUUUGAGGCUGAACUUUGAAGAGAGCGCAAAAUAUAAGGCUGUGUAUAAGAAGUUUGAUAAUGCUUUUUUUCAGAAAUGAACAUAAGAUUUUUAAAAUAUGAACAAGAAUUAAAAAUGAGAGUUGGUAACCAGAUCGGACGUAAACUUUGUUUCUGAGGUUUGGAAAUACGAACUGCGCCACUUCCUGUAUUGUAAUCUGUGCAGUUCCCAUGGAAUUUGAGACGAGCAGGAUUCAGUAGACACAACAUCAUCUGGCUCUAUAGACUUUUUGGACUUUCAAAAGGAACUUCUGGAACAGCUUUUGGAAAUUAGGGAUGAGUUGUGGCAGAAUAAUAUACAGAUUCGCAAAAUGAGACAGAACUGUGUGGAAAGUGAAAAUGGAUUAAUUCCAAUAGAGAAUGAAGAAAAGCAAGAUGAACAAGCACCAGCCGGGGACAAUGUAAUUGACCUUAAAGAAGAGGAGGAAGAGUCAUCAGUCCUGGACAAUAUAAUUGAACUUAAAAAAGAGGAGGAAGAAGUAUGGAACAUUGUUCCCCCAGUGGGAGAGGGGGAACAAGAUUCAGGUUUGAUUCAAUGAGUCCUCAAAGAAGAACCUGCAUGGAAUAAUGCCCUCCCAGUGAGAGGGAGCCUGAGCUUAAGUGGAAUAAAAAUUGAGAUAGGGCUGAAAAGUGGAAACAUAGCUGGAUGGUACUGUGCUACAGUUAGAAAAUUGGAGGGGGGGCAGCAGGGGACAAUGAAGGGAGAGUUGUGGAUAGGUGGCAAAAGAGUGGGAAUAGGGUGAGGAGCAACAAUGGGUUAUUUUCUGAUUGAUUAAGAUGGUCCAAAACUGGAACAUUUUAUGGAGCUGGCUGAUGCAUCUGGGAGAUCCAGGGGAAGGGGGGUAGAAUUAGAUAUAAGUGGUUAAAGGUUAAUAUGAUAGAAGAAAUAUUAUUUGAAUAUAUGGAAAAAUUUUGGGGUAUAAAUUGUGAGGCUAAGGGAAGAAAUAGAGAUGGAUGGGAAAAUAAAUUUAGAUUUGGAUCAAUUAAUGAGUUAUAGGUUGAGGAUAGUUGAUUUUUCUUUUCUUUUUGUAGAUUAGAAUUGGUUGUGAGAUAAUGGAAAAAUUGCAUUAGAAUGAUUUAAGAUGAUAAAGGAAAAUUGCUUAAUUUAGAUUUAAAAAUGGACCCAGUGUGGGGGGAAUCGAGGAAGUCCAUAAUGUCAAGUUAAUGUAAGAAUAGAUAUGUUUUUCUUUCUUUUUCUCUUUAGUUUAUGUUUUAUUUUUAUUUUUUGCUUCUUGUUUUUGUGAUUGAAAUGUUUGAAAAUCAAGAAAUAUAAUUUGGGGGGGGGGGGAGAAACAAAACACAAAAACUAUUUUCAGACACUGAGAUGUAGGGUGCGGACUUUGUAAGCCUAGCCUAUCAGCGCAGUAAAAUCUGGCAUCCUUAGAAAAUUGUCCUUUUAAGGUUUAAAUGUUAUGUUAACUUUGCAGGAGGGUGUGUUAUACUAUUUUUGUCCAUAGUAAUUUACUAUGGAAUUGCUGUUUCUACAUCACAAAGCAUCAAACUAUGUAAAAUAUGAAACAUAAAAGUCAACAUUCUGAUAUGGUAAUCUAGUACGACUAUUGUUACAUCCUAGAGCAGGGGUCCCCAAACUAAGGCCCGGGGGCUGGAUGCGGCCCAAUCGCCUUCUAAAUCCGGCUCGCGGACGGUCCGGGAAUCAGCAUGUUUUUACAUGAGUAGAAUGUGUCCUUUUAUUUAAAAUGCAUCUCUGGGUUAUUUGUGGGGCAUAGGAAUUCCUUCAUAUUUUUUUUCAAAAUAUAGUCCGGCCCCCCCAAGGUCUGAGAGACAGUGGACCGGCCCCCUGCUGAAAAAGUUUGCUGACCCCUAUCCUAGAGGAAUCAGUCUUCAAUAGACAGUUUUCAAAUUCACAUGUUCUUUUGGACAGCAAUGCCUGGCCAUAGUAACUUUCUCAAGUUGCAGUGUCCUCCAAACUAACAAGGACAACUUCAUAAAUAUUUUUCCUACAUGGAAAACAUAUCAAUCAGCAUAAGAAAAUCUGUGCAACCUGCAUGUAAUCAGCCAUGUGUGGCAAUCAUAGGUGAUUAUUAUAUUUAACUUGGGGUAUUCAGAUCUGGAAGCCAUAAUUGGUUGCAAUUUUGUAAUAUGUUUAAAUCACAGCAAAAUAUAUGAAUAAACAUGCCAUGAAUUUAUCAAAG